AUGAACCUAUGGACAACGUGGCUUUUCAUUACUCUGAAUCUAUUGAUUUCUACUAAUGGUUUAGUGAGGACGAGCUAUGGAAACUGGAAUUUGGAGAGGAUCGGAGAUGGAAACACCCCAUCAUUCUUGAUCGAUGAAUCGAAAAAUCAAUUUCUUCUCGAUGGCCUUCCGUUCCGUUACAUUUCCGGAUCCAUUCACUACUUCCGAAUUCCGCGGGAGAGAUGGGAAGAACGGCUCGGAAAAGUUCGUGCUCUUGGAUUCAACGCAAUUCAAUAUUACAUCCCAUGGAACGCUCAUGAACUGGAAGAAGGGAAUCAUGACUUUUCUGGAAUCCUGGAUUUCGCCGAAUUCUCAUCCAUGGCAUUUCAUAAGUACAACCUGUGGACUAUUUUAAGAAUUGGUAUGAUAUUUAUGGUCAAUAAUUUUCAAAUAAAAAUUCCAGGUCCUUACAUCUGCGGAGAAUGGGAAAACGGAGGUCUCCCAGCAUGGCUUCUGAAUAAGAAUGUCACCAAACAAAGGAGUAGUGAUCCUGUAUUCACCCGCGAAGUCGAGAAAUGGUUCGAAACCUUACUGCCACGUGUCAAACCUCUUCUUCGAAAGAACGGAGGUCCUGUUCUGAUGCUACAAAUUGAGAACGAGUACGGUAGUUAUGGCGUCUGUGACAAACAGUAUCUCCGAUUCUUGAGAGAUCUGACCAGAGCUCAUGUUGGAGAUGACGUGCUUUUGUUCACUACCGAUGGAGCUUCUGAAAAACUCUUGAAAUGUGGAACUGUUGAGGGUGUGUUUCCCACUGUUGAUUUUGGGCCAACGGAUAACAAAAAAGACAUCGAAUCGUAUUUUCAAAUUCAACGAAAAUAUGCUCCAAAUGCGCCAUUCGUGAAUUCGGAAUAUUAUCCAGGUUGGCUGGUACUUUGGGGACAAAAGAGACAAGAUCUCCCAUCUCCACAAACAAUUAUCAAUGGUGCUCAAACAAUGUACUCCCUCGGAGCCAGCAUGAAUUUUUAUAUGAUUCAUGGAGGAACAAAUUUUGGAUUUUGGAAUGGAGCUGAAACUGAAGCACCUUGUAUUUCUUCCUAUGAUUAUGAUGCUCCAAUUAGUGAGGCAGGAGAUGUGACUGCAAAAUAUUUAGAAAUCAGAAAAUGGAUCAAAGGAUUGACGGAUUGGACAACUCCACCACUGGAUGUACCCGGAAAUUCUCCAAAAGCAAGAUAUGGGAAGAUCAAAAUGAGAUUGGCCCACUCAAAUGGGAAUUCUAAUGGGAAUGGAUUCAUGGGAGACUUCACCGAUCCAGGAGAUUGUGUUGAUUCUGAAAGACCACUCAGUUUUGAGAAAAUGAAACAUUUUCUAGGAUUAAUUGCUUAUCAAUCAAAAAUCAAUUCCUGUGGAAAUCUCACAAUUCCAUCGUUUGGUGAUUUUGUUUAUGUGUAUCUUAAUGGAAAAUAUAUUGACACUCUCACUCGCCGAUAUUACAACUUGACGCGCAGUUCGGUGAUCCUCGGAGGGUGCAGAAAUGAUGGAGAGGAUCGACUAUUUUUGUUGGUAGAAAACCAAGGCAGACAAACUUUCGAAACAAUCAAUGAUAGAAAAGGAAUCCUCUCUGAAGUGUAUUUGAAUGGGGAAGCUGUUCAUUUUUGGACGCAGUGUGGAAUCAAACUUCCAAUUCAAUCAGAAGAAAGUCAGGACUACAACCGAAAAGCCAUGAAGAAAAUUCUAAGAAAUAAGUUAUCCAAAGAUAAUCAAAAGCAAGGUGUCUUUGUCGGUGUUCUCGAAGUGGAAGCAGCAGCUGACACGUGGUUGGAUACUACUGGAUGGGGAAAGGGUAUUGCAAUUGUGAACGGAAGGAAUCUUGGAAGAUACUGGCCAACAGAAGGUCCACAAAUGACUUUGUACAUACCUGCGGAGUAUUUGAAAGUUGGAGAUAAUCUGGUGAUGAUGGUAGAAUUGGAAGGUGCUACAGAUGCUUGUACAAGCACAACUGCCUGUGUUGCCGAUUUCAUUGAUCACCCAAUUUUCCAUUUUGGCAAGUAA